AUGAGCGGCCGAAGUCGGGGUAGAAAGUCUUCCCGCGCCAAAAGCCGGGGCAAAGGCCGCGGCAAGGCCCGAGUCCGCGCUGCUCCUGCCGACGCCUCCCGCGACCCGGACCCGCCACAGUGCCAGAGGCUCGGGGAGGAAACCCAGGCGGCACAGGUGCAGGCUGGCGCGGGUUGGGGUGGCCUGGAAACCGCUGCGCCCGCGCCGUGCCGUCGGCCCGGGGAGGACGCUGCCUGCCGGCUCCCCCUGGACUGUGGCCUCGCGCUCCGGGCCCGAGCUGCGGGGGAUCGCGGGCAGGCCGCGACUAGGUCCGGCCCAGAGAAGGCCACAUCCCUCUCGGAGCGCCUAGCAACAGACACUGUCUUCGUGGGAACCGUGGGAACCGUGGGAAGGCCUAAAAAUGGCCCCCGCGUUGGAAAUCGGCGUGGCCCUGCUGGGAAGAAGGCCCCAGAAACCUGUAGCACGGCGGGGAGGGGGCCUCAGGCCAUAGCCGGUGGGAAGCUGAAGAAGGGGGCCACAGGCGAGAAUGUCUCCGUCCCUGUGGUAGAGGAAAAGAAGGUGGAGAAGGAUGCAGGGUCAGGGCCCCUGGCGACAGAUGGCAGCAUGGAUACGCUGGAGACCGUCCAGCUGAAGCUGGAGACCAUGAACGCCCAGGCAGACAGGGCCUACCUUCGGCUCUCGCGGAAGUUUGGGCAGUUGCGACUGCAUCACUUAGAGCGCAGGAACCUCCUCAUCCAGAAUAUCCCGGGCUUCUGGGGGCAAGCUUUUCAGAACCACCCCCAGCUAUCAUCCUUUCUGAACAACCAAGACAAAGAGGUUCUCAGCUACCUGAACAGCUUGGAAGUGGAAGAGCUUGGCCUUGCCAGACUGGGCUACAAAAUCAAGUUCUACUUUGGGCGCAACCCCUAUUUCCAAAAUAAGGUGCUCAUCAAGGAAUAUGGGUGUGGGCCUUCGGGUCAGGUGGUGUCUCGUUCUACUCCAAUCCAGUGGCUCCCAGGGCAUGAUCUCCAGUCCUUAAGCCAGGGGAACCCCGACAACAGCCGUAGCUUCUUUGGGUGGUUUUCAAACCACAGCUCCAUUGAGUCUGACAAGAUUGUGGAGAUAAUCAACGAAGAACUGUGGCCCAAUCCCCUGCAGUACUACCUUAUGAGUGAAGGGGCCCGUGUGGAGAAAGGAAAGGAAGGCAGGCAAGGUCCAGCAAGGCAGCCAGUGGAGACCCCAGAGCCUGGGGCAAACAAGUCCAACUGAUCCCGCACUGGCCUCCCUACUACCUCCCAUUGGACCUGUGCCUAGCUAACCACACGUGUUUGGCUGUCUGCCUUCUCUUCAUAUUGGCCUCUGCACUGUAUUCCCUUUGGACUUCAGUUACAAGAAUAUGGUAUCUAUGAUCAUGUUCUUUAGCCUCCUCGUGGCCUUCUUGCUUUUCACAUUAGUGUUACAUGUUAAAUGAUCUCAACCCUACUGUUUAUAUGUUCAGCGCACAUGCUUCAAGUGUGUGCUGCCUUUGUCUAUAUUGCCUGGACCAUGAUCUUGGCUCUGGCCCUUCCUAGCUGUCUUUAACAUGGACACAUGAGUCAUCCUCCAAGAGGACCAGUGCAUCCUCAAGCUCUGCUACUUCAAGGCCAGUGACUUGCUGAGCUUUGUGUUCAUGCUGGCCCUGCGUGCCAUCUAGGGCAAGUUUUUCUGUUGCCAUUGCAGAAUGAAGCUAGCGCACAUGGUAUUGGCCAUCAGCCAAAACUAAUUGUUCCAAAGCCCUGGGGCCACCAGCCUAGUUGCCAUCACCUGCUGGAUCUCUGACUUUGGCCAGGCGCCUCUGCGGCCCUGCUGGAUAUGCAGAAUAGCACUUGACUGUUAGGCAUGGAUGAGGUUAAGGGUGAGAAGCACUUUGCCACGUGUUCUAUACCAUCAUGUGUCUCUUCCUGCCUCUGGGCCCUUCUACUGUUGAACAUUCAUCAAGGUCUAUACCGUGCCCCGUCCUGUCAGGCCACUGAGACUUUUCUACAUUGCUAUUGGCCCCAGUUGACCUCCGGGUCAGCGAGGACCUCAAGAACUGCCUGUGGGCCCUGGCCCCCUGCCAGUGCAUGAGACACACACCUUCCAGGAACCCUGCUGCCUACCAGACCGAUGGGCGGGUAUGUGGACGUGUGCUCACUGUCAUCAUUCCGUGGCUCCAGGUGUGGCCUUGCGUAUGUGGAAGAUUGAUGCUAUAUGCUGCUUAUUUUGCCAUAAGUAAAAUCUUACCACUUCCCCCAUUUUUGCCUAAUGGGACAAUGUAGCUGUAUAGGUCUGCUUUUUUCUUUCUUUCUUUCUUUCUUUCUUUUUUUUUUUUUUUAAACUUUUUGCUCUUUAUUAUGGACAUUUCAGACAAGCACAGAAAUGGAGAAGAUGGUACCUGGACCCUGUGUACCCAUCACCUAUCUACAUCAAUUAUGAUCAACCUGGUAUCUUCCUCUCCCCACCUGUAUUGUUGAUGGAAAAUCCGACACUGUGCCAAUUCAACCUUGACUACUUUGGGAGAUCAGGACUCUCUUUUGGUGGUGAUAGUGGUGGGCGGCACUAUCAUGAUCACAUCAGGUCUGCUUUUUGCUUUUUGCUCUGAAUGUUAACUAAUGAAGUUCCAGAAAUGGGCCUUAGAAGUGAAAGUCUUCAGGAUAAAUAGGGAGUCUCAAAAAGAGAUGAAAAGAUGCUCCUGUUCCCCUGUGUUCACGAAAGGAGAGAGAGAGAGACUGUUUUGUUGUAAAUCUUUCAAAGACUGAUAGAAUAAGGUGCUUACCUGAGACCCUUCACCAGAAUAUCAGUCUUUUUUGCCUGAGAAAGAUGGAGGCGUGUGUGACUGUUAGAAAUAUCAUCAGCUUGUCCUGGUUUCAUAAUAUAACUGGUCUUGGAAGUAUAAUUUGGAAAUUGUUUCUGUGUUCUGUGAAAAUAACCUCCCAAAAGCAACCAGUUACUGGUUGUCUUGGUAAUUUGACACCCUGGUAAUAAUGCAAUUAUUCCUUUGUUCCCAAACAGUAUAAAUAGUUGUAAGCUUGCAUGCAUUAUGGAAAAAUAAAAGCCUGUAUCUCUGUUAUA